AUGUUCAAAAGCUUAGAAACCGUGGCAGUAGAAUUUGCGGCACAACGAAAUGAUUUACUGCUUUUCGACUUUAGUCAGGAAUUAAUACCUUAUGGUCUUAAAGCACGGGAAAGCAUGAUCCGACAAGAAUUUAAACCUUCUUUUACACCAUUGAUUGAAAACUUCGAAACUACUACCAAGUGUCUUGGAUGUCACUCCUUUCCAAGAUUCUGCCCAUGGGGACUCUGUUGA